UUUACUCCAGGCCUCACUCUUCUAUAUAAGACUACUGCUAGCUAAACCAUCUUCUCUUAUACUAUCGAUCUAUUCGAAAUACAUUUUGUUUCUCUAAUUCCACUAUAAGGGUUGUUAAUCUAUAAUUAAUUAAAUCUAACCUUGCUCAAUGGCCAAAGAUCCAGUUCAUGUUCUUGUUACUGGUGCUGCAGGACAAAUUGGGUAUGCUCUCGUACCAAUGAUUGCUAGGGGAGUGAUGUUGGGUGCUGAUCAGCCUGUUAUCUUGCAUAUGCUUGACAUUCCACUCGCAGCAGAGGCUUUGAAUGGAGUUAAAAUGGAGCUGGUUGAUGCUGCUUUUCCUCUUCUUAAAGGAGUUGUUGCUACAACUGAUGUCGUAGAGGCAUGCCUGGGGGUCAACAUUGCAGUAAUGGUUGGUGGAUUCCCAAGGAAAGAAGGAAUGGAGAGAAAAGAUGUGAUGUCCAAAAAUGUUUCUAUCUACAAGUCCCAAGCAUCUGCCCUAGAAUCCCAUGCAGCUGCUAACUGCAAGGUCCUAGUUGUUGCAAACCCUGCAAACACCAAUGCGCUGAUCCUUAAGGAGUUUGCUCCAUCCAUCCCCGAGAAAAACAUCAGUUGCCUUACCCGUUUAGAUCACAACAGGGCUCUUGGUCAAGUCUCAGAGAGACUGAGUGUCCAAGUCAGUGAUGUUAAGAAUGUUAUCAUUUGGGGAAACCACUCUUCAACUCAGUAUCCUGAUGUUACCCAUGCAACUGUCAAAACAUCAGUUGGAAAAAAGGCUGUGAAGGAGCUUGUUGCUGAUGAUGCAUGGUUGAAUGGAGAAUUUAUCAGCACCGUUCAACAACGAGGCGCUGCAAUUAUCAAAGCAAGAAAGUUCUCAAGUGCCUUAUCUGCUGCAAGUUCUGCUUGUGAUCACAUUCGUGAUUGGGUUGUUGGAACUCCAGAGGGCACUUGGGUUUCAAUGGGAGUGUACUCUGACGGAUCAUACGAUGUACCUGCUGGGCUCAUCUAUUCCUUCCCCGUGACUUGCAAAAAUGGAGAAUGGUCAAUUGUACAAGGACUUUCAAUCGAUGAGUUUUCAAGGAGCAAAUUGGACAAAACAGCUGAGGAGCUCAGUGAAGAAAAGGCUUUGGCGUACUCAUGCCUCGUUUAAAUGCUCUCUGUUUCCUUCAAGUCAUGUCUGAAAGUUGAUUAACCCCAUCAUUUAUACUGUGGGAGAACGCGGAGAAGUAGUUCCGAGGUGAACAAUUAUGUAUGAUUUAGAUCUGUUGCUUCCUACUACUGUUUGAAUGUUUCCUGGAUUUUUUUUUUGUUAAUAUGCACCACUCAAAAUUUCCUCUUGAGCCAAUUCAUUUUAUUGAAAAUUGCUUUAGGAA